AUGUCUCAAGCAUCCAAGCCACAAAGAUAUCCACCAUACUUCGCUGAAAUCAAGCAGCGUCUAGUUGAGGGACAUGAGGAAGCAAUCUGCAAAUCCUGGCAUAGGCUAUUGUGCCGACUCCGCACCGAGGUUGACCUCCUCACUAGAGAAGGCUCGAAUGCUAUACCUACGAUCAGCUUCGAUGAUAUCGCCAAUGACUGCACUACCCGAAAAUUCGUCGCGGGGCUCAAGCAGCGUGGUGUUGGAGUGGUCAGGAACGUGGUGGCCGGCGAGGUUCUCUCUACCUGGAUGCGGGAGACCGAGCAAUACUUCGCCCACAGCAGGAAUGAAGCCAUAGGAACCUCGGUUUGCGGACCGCAGCUACAGAAUGUGUUUUGGUCUCCAGCCCAAACUCGAGCUCGAGUCAGCCCGGGCGUGUUGGCGGUGCAACAAGCCAUCAUGCGCGCCUGGACCGGCCCGAAGCCGAAACCGCCACUCACCACCAACUUCCCCGUUGUGUACGCUGACAGGCUGCACAGGGGAGAUGCCACAACUGCUACACUUCAUCAGACCGCUCAUAUCGAUGGACCAAGCCUGGAACGCUGGGAGCAGCACAUUGGCUCAUCCUACGCACACGUUUGGAGUGGUGACUGGGAGCGAUAUGAUCCCUGGGAUCCUCAGAAGCGGCUGGCAGCAACGUCCGAAUCACGCGGGUACGACACUGCCUGUACCGUGUUUCGCAUGUUUCAGGGCUUGCUCUGCCUGGAGACGAAGGCAUCAGAGGUGGCCUUCUUCAGAUUCUGUCCCCUCUUGCAAGCUGCUACAGCCUACGUCCUGCUGCGGCCAUUCUUCAGUCCAGUGGUGGCCACGCCCAGCAGCUCGGACUUCCUCUCUGCCGAGAACUGGAUCCUUGCGCCAGCAGCUUGUGCCGAACUACCAGGCGCCGGUCAGGCUGCACGGCAAGAAGUUACCCACGCACUACACCCGCAUUUGCAGCUGUCACAGACUUUGAUUCCGCAUCCACCCUUGCGGCCGGGAGACUACCUAAUAUGGCAUCCUGAUGCCAUCAUUGCGCCCCCCGACGCUGCCUCGAAUGCAACCGCUAUGUUUUUGCCUGCCUGCCCGCUCACGCACGGGAAUGCCCUUUACCUGGCGCGCCAACGAAAGACGUUCUUGCUUGGACACCGUGGGCCUGACUUUGCGAAGCUGGACGGCAGAGACGAGAGAGCUCAUAUGGGUCGGGCAGGCGUGCAAGACGUGUGCGAUGCUGGGGGUGAGGCUGGGCUUCGGGCAAUGGGAUUCAUGCCAUUGGAUGAGGACGAUAUCGCGUCGGCGAUCGAAGCCGACGUUGUGGACAUGGCCAACAAUGUGCUCUUUCCCGAUCGCCAUGAUUUCGAUGUGGAAAACUGA